CCGGAAACAACUGUCAGAAACAGCCAAAAACCGUUGGAGGCCGCAUAGGUGAAGGUCUCCAUUUUCCCUUCAUUUCAACAAAAACCCAAAAAAAAAAAACUCCAAAUUCAAUUUCGGACCGCAAUGGCCACCAUCAGAAUACACGAGGACCAAGAAAACCAACGUCGCGAGCCCUUGAGAGUGAAAAAAAUGCAAAACGCCAUGGGCAUCUCUAAUGGAAAUGGAGGGAAACAGCAACAGCCCCAGAAAAGGGCCGUUUUGGGACAGAUCCAGGCCAACGUACUGGACAAUAAUGUACAAGCUUUCAAGCCGAAGUUGCAAUCUCUGGCUACCGAACCAGCGACAACAUCGAAUCAAGACAAGGAAAACUGGCAGCAGAAUCUCAAGAAAUCCAUUGUCAAUCCGAUCAUUCCUAUUGCCAAGUUUGAGGCUUUCAAAGUCUACGAAGACAAAGAAGCUUUGGCUCGCGUCGAUGCCUAUCUCACCUCCAAGAGUACCUCGCAGGUUUACAAAGGGAUCAGCAAUGAACGAUUCUCUAACAAGACUGAGAUUGAAAAAAUGGAACAUCAAGAACUUGUUCCGAAAGAAAAGCCGCGCACGCCCAGUCCGAUGAGCGUCGACAAAAACUACGAAAACGAGUUCAUGGACACGAUGCGCUCCUCUCAACAAACCCAAGAGGGCGACGAGUAUUUCAAAAUGGACGAAUACAGCCAAGACAUUUAUUGGUACUUGCAUCAGCUGGAAAAAAACAACCGAGCCAAAUCCGGCUACAUAAACAAACAACCUGACAUUUCAGCUUCGAUGCGUUCCAUCCUAGUAGACUGGCUCGUUGAAGUAGCUGAAGAGUACAAACUUCAAACUGAAACCUUGUAUUUGACUGUCAAUUUUGUUGACAGGUUUCUGUCGUAUAUGUCAGUUGUUAAGGCUAAGCUUCAGCUAGUAGGCACUGCUGCCAUGUUUCUAGCUGCAAAGUUGGAAGAAAUUUAUCCGCCAGAGAUUGGCGAGUUUGUUUACAUCACAGACGACACUUACACCAAAGGCCAAAUAAUCCGCAUGGAACAUUUGAUUGUCAAAGUUUUGCACUGCGACCUCGCCUGCCCCACUCCUUUGAGUUUCAUCAAUUUAAUUUCCACCAUAAACAAUUUGGAAGAUAAACAAAAAUACUUUGCCAUGUUCUUGUGCGAAUUGUCCUUGCUGGAGGGCGAAAACUUCUUGGAAUUUGUCCCGAGUGAAUUGGCUUGUGCCGCUUUGGCCAUUGGUCGAUUGCACACUGUACCAACCGCCUCAGUGUGGUCACAAGAGUUGCAACGGACCACCGGAUAUAAGUUGCAAGAUUUGGAAGAUCCGAUUAAUUUUUUGUAUAGUGUGUUUAAGGCCGCUCCCGCCUUGCAACAGCGCUCCAUCCAAGACAAAUACAAAAGCCAAAAGUAUAUGAAUGUGUCGGAAAUGAAACCGAAAUAUGAACAAUUUCCAUUUUAAGAUUUUGUUUAUUCUUGGAUUGUAUAUAUUUUUGUUUACUAGGUUAGUUUUUUUUAGUGACGUUUUUCUAUACUGAGUUUUUAAAAAAUAUUCUAAUUUUUGCACGAAAAGGACUAUUUCAGUUUUUUAGUAUAAUUUUUUAUUUGUACUCGCAUUAUUGAAUUGUACCAGUUUAUAUUGUCUAAUUUAUUCAAUUUUUUCUGCCAUAU